AUGAGCAGCAACAACAGACAAGCAGCAACAACGCAUUAUCAACAACAGACCAGGCAGCAGCAGCAACGUAUCAACCACAGACAGGCAGCAGCAGCAACACGUAUCAACCACAGACAGUCAGCAGCAACACGUGUCAGCCACAGACAGGCAGCAACAACCGUGUCCAGCCAUAGACGAGCAGCAACAACACGUAUCAACCACAGACAGGCAGCAGCAACGCGGCUGUCAACUAGAACCAGGCAGCAACAACACAUAUCAAUACAGACAGGCAGCAACAACACGGCGUGUCAGCCACAGACAGGCAACAGCAACACGUGUCAACCACAGACAGGCAGGGCAGCAACACGUAAUCAACCACAGACCAGGCAGCAGCUACAUGUCAACCACAGACAGGCGAGCAACACGUAUCAACCACAAAAGGCAGCAGCAAACGCGGCCAACCACACAGACCAGCAGCAACACUUGUCAACCACAGACCAGAUACCAAACACUUGUCAACCACAGACGGGCAGCAGCAACACGCAUCAACCACAGACAGGCAGCAACAACACACGUGUAUGCAACCACAAAAGGCGGGCAACAGCAACACGUAUCCAACCACAGACAGGCAGCAGCAGCACGUAUCAACCACAGACAGGCAGCAGCAGCAACACGUGUCCAGCCACUGCGAACCAGGCAGCAGCAACACGUAUCAACCACAAAGGCAGCAGCAACACGUGUCCAGCCACAGACAGGCAGCAGCAACACGUAUCAACCACAGACAGGCAGCAGCAACACGUGGCAAUAACCACCACAGACAGGCAGCAACAACGGUGUCAACCACAGACAGGCCACUGUAAACGCCUAUCAACACGGAAGCAGGCAGCAACAGCACGUGUCAACCAUAGACAGGCAACGCAGCCAACACGUAUCAACCACAAAAGGCAGCAACAACGUGUCAACCACAGACAGGCAGCAGCAACACGUAUCAACCACUGA